GAGACAUGGAGAGUUUUCAGCCAAGGUGGUUCCUUCUGGUGGUGGCGAUGGUGGCGGUGAUGGCUGCUCCGGCGAGAGGACAGAUUAGCACCCCAUGUAAUGCGUCGAUCUUAAAUACCUUCACACCUUGUAUGAACUACCUGACAAACAGCUCCGCCGGCGGCGGCUCCUCCGCACCCACCACCCAGUGCUGCGAUUCUCUCAAGACUCUGACCAGCGGCAGCAUGGAUUGUCUCUGCCUCGUCGUUACCGGCAGUGUUCCCUUUCAGUUACCUAUUAACAGAACCUUGGCCAUCUCCCUCCCACGUGCCUGUCGCAUGCCUCGCAUCCCUGUUCAAUGCAAAGCCUCUGGUUCACCACUUCCUGCUCCAGCACCUUCAUCUCUAGGCCCAUCUGCUUCACCAGCAUCAGCUCCCUCUGGAUUCACUUCAUCUCCUAGUCCUCAAGUGUCUUCCAUUCCACCUUCAACGCCAACGACGCCUUCUGAGGCACCUGAAUCAGACACAACCCCACCAUCUUCACCGGUGGACAAUACCAAUACACCGCCGUCAUCAACAGCAGGGAGAACUGAUCUGACUCCAUCUUCUGCUAUUUCUUCUUCCACUUUCUCGCCGGCCUCUUUUCUUCUCAUUGCUUCAGCACUUGUUGGUCUUCUCAACUGCUACUAAGCUUCCUCAUGUGUCACCAUUUGUAUUCUGAAUUCUUGUGUUAUUGUACCUAUCAUAGCUUGCAAAAUCUAUUCUUUGGGGUGUGAUUGUUGUUGGUGGUUUAGAGUUUUUGGUUACAUCAUUUCAGACCCACAUUGGGAAGUUUUACCAUAUUUAUUUAUGAGUAUUUGUACUGUAUUGUAUAUGAGUUGCUGGAAAUAAAAAAAAAGUUUUUAUUUUUAUU